UUCGCGGUCGUAUGCUACUAGUCAUUGUAGACGCGCAUUCUAAAUGGCCGGAGGUUUUUGUCAUGACGUCUACCACCGCAGAAGCGACGAUAACAAAACUGCGCGAUUUAUUCGCUCGGUAUGGGGCACCAGAAGCUCUGGUUAGUGAUAACGGUGCGCAGUUUACAUCGUCCGAGUUUAAAGAGUUCCUUAAAGAACAGGCAGUUCGACAGGUUCUCACUUCUGCAUAUCACCCCAGCAGCAAUGGACUCGCAGAGAGAUUUGUGCAAACCCUAAAGAACGCACUACGAAAAGGCCCUGCAACUGAAAGUAUGGAGGAAACCUUGUCAAGGUUCUUACUGACAUAUCGCAACACUCCGCAUGCGACGACUCAAGAAACCCCAUCUUUUCUUUUUUUGGGUCGUCGGCCACGAACACGGUUGGAUGCACUGAAGCCGGCUCUGGAUCGUACUAUCCGAGCACGUCAGUUUGAACAGACUUCACGGCGCAGGGGUGCUAACAGUGUGUUCGAAGUGAACGAUGAAGUGUUCGUGCGUAAUUUCAGGAGCGGCCCCACAUGGUUCCACGCAACAGUACUGCAGCGGACGGGACCAGUGUCCUACGUGGUCAAGGUGCGGACACCGGAUGGACUCCGUUCUUGGAGGCGACACAAGGACCACCUGCGCUCAGCGUCUACUGCGGUGACAGCGCCGUCCCUUGUGGGGGAGGACGAUACCGACACCAUCUAUCCUGCGUCUGAAGCCGACGUACCACCUCCGUCUACUGUCUCCGCAAGACAAACGGUGCCCGUCACCCCCACUAACGCUGCGCCUCGGCGAUACCCACAACGCCAGAGAAGACCCCCCGAUCGCUAUGAAGCCUCAUGA